AUGAAUAAAUUAAUUUUACAAAUCAUAACAUUUGCAUUAUUGAUUAGUUGCUGUUUAUCAAUUCAACAAAACAGACAAUCUUAUAAUAGAAAUAAUAUUUAUAAUAAUAUAAAAGAAAUAAUUGUCGAUGAUUAUUCAGUUCCAAAAUUAUUAAAUUCAACAAUUUACUUUAAUUCAACUAUUCCAUUUAAUAGCACUUUAUCAUCAGUUAAUUCAACAUUAUCAUUUAUCAACAGUACACUUGGUCAUUUGAAUAAUACAAUUUCAUUUAAUGGAACAGUAUUCUUUAAUGGAAGUACACCAUUGAAUGUAACUUCAUUAAAUUCAACUAUGCUUAACAUCCAAGAAACUCUCCACUCAAUUCGUAUUGUUUUAGAAUCAUUAAACACUACUCUUGUCCAUAUGAAUAGAAGCUUAUCUUUGUUCCAAUUCAAUGAAACCAGUUUAAAUUCAUCUAUUCCUUAUUAUACAUUCCAACCAUAUUAUGAUUCAAAAUGUAAAUUCCCAGGUGGAGGUUUAGGUGUUGCCAUUAGUCAAAAUCAACAAAACAUUACCAUUUUCAACCAAACCAACAUUUGUGCCAACUUUAAUUUAACAAGCUCUGAUAACUUUACCGUUCAAUACUUUAAUAAUAACUGUACCUUUGCAAAUGAAUCAAUUCAUAACGAAACCUUCUCCGUUAAUGAUUGUAAUUACAGUCCAUUCUUAAAAUCAUACUAUAGUAUUGAUUUAUCAACUGUUAAAUUACCACAAUCAACACUUGUUGUAAACUAUUACAAUAAAAGUUCUUGUAAUGAAAUUAAUCAAGAAGGUUUCAACUAUAUGAGUAAUCACACAGUAAUUGCUCAUACACCAAAAAGAAAUCAAUCAGGUACAACUUUAUUAUUCUGUAAUGAACAAAAUAUUCCAACAAAUACAACUUGUAUUUCUACUCAUUUUGGAAAACAAAAAUGUACAACUGAAACAAUUAUUGAAAAUUGUGAUGUUACUAGAAACUUUAGAAUUACUUGUUUAUAA